UUCGAACCGAAAUCAUCAGAAUGUUGCUCAAACCAUCAAUUCCCGGUGAAGAACGGAUUUCAAAUUUUUAGAAUCGUAGCAUGCGUGUAUUGAACGUCACAUGUCAUGUUGGACGUAUGAAGCCUUUUCUUCUACAGCAUGCUAUGAUUUUUGAAGAGAGUCCUGCAUCAUCGUGCUCGCACGGUAUUCAAAAACGAUGACUGCAACCAUCCGAUUGGGAAGCAUACUCAUCUAUGCAAUGCGAAGGCGACGUUCGGGUAUCCGGCCGGAUAUGCCGAAGAUGCUUGACAACCUCAACGUUGCUAUCUUCGAUUGUUUGAUAAAUUUUAUUCAAGUGACAACCCGCGGAAGAAGUGCAUCCUCGUAGACAUCCGAUCUAGUGUGCGCUUUCGAAAGUAGUUCAGUAGGAUAAUUGCUGCGGGGCCAAGAUGGACGUUCCAUUGGAUGCGCAGGAGCUUGCGUUGCCACCGAUCGAAUCAUUCAAAAACUGUCAGUACCAUGUUCGAGUUAGUGGAACAACGUUCCUGGACAAGAGGGUUAUGUCCUUCGUGGACAAUUUGUGGGGCUUCGAGGUAACGGGCGGAACUGACCAGUUCGAACCGCUGACGGUGAUCACGGUCAAACGGGAAGGUUUGGCCAGACGAGCCGGUAUUCGAGUCAAUGAUGUUAUAACCAAAAUUAACGACACCUAUGCGGACAAGUUGACGCUAGCGCAGGCACAGGAAUUAAUUGCGGAAUCCGGAAGAACGGUGAAAAUCUUCGUUAGCGGUGAUGUUGAGGAAGAAAGCGAAGAUGAAAUGACCGUAGAUUUCUGGUUCAAACCUGAUGGUUUCUUCUCUUCAGUAAAUGAAGCCGAUCGAGCCAUGCUAGACUGGGAAGCACGACUACGGGCAAACCGAAACCCGGACAAGUGGAACGGACUUUGGCCGUGGAAUGAUCGCCGGAAGGUAAUCUACAAGGAAUCGAACUGCUACAUGGUACCGAGUGUGGCCGAAGACAAACGGGAACGGGAAAUGAAACUGCGCGUUUCCGAAGCAGACUACAAGAAACACCUGGCACGCGAGAAGGAGGAAGCGGAACGGAAAGCACAAGAGCUGCAACAGGAGAAGGCCAGACAGGCCGAGGAAGAGCGACGAGCCGAGGAGGAAGCAUUUUUCGCCCGAAUUGAGGCUGAACAGAAGCGGCUGGAGCAACAGAAUCCACAACAAAUCGCCGAAACCGAUCAGUAUAUUGAAGAACUAAUGCAACAGGAAGAGUUAAUAACGGGCGGUGGUGGUGACGUGGAAGAGGUGAGCACUGACUUUCCGACGGAACAUGGCGUGGAUGUUUAGCGGGAAAAUGAAGCGGAAAACUUAGAUUUAGGCGGACUACAUUCGAACUCUAUUCAAAGUGUACAUACAAAUAAUUUAUAUUUUAUACUUUACAUUAUUUCCAACAAAAAACUUGUCACUGCA